GACCCGAAUCGUGGCGCGGGCUAUCAGAAGCAACCUAACGGGACCGCCUCAGCAUCUUCCUCACGUCUCACUCUCCUCCUUCCCGCCUUAAACCCCUCCCGAGGGAUCUGAGCUCGCAGAUCUCCUUCCCCUUCCCGAUCGAGGGAACGGAGACCACCAUGACCACAUCAAUCCCUCCCCCACCUCCGCCGUCGCAUCCUUCCCCGCCAGCGAUGUUCCGGCGCAAGGCGCUCUUGAAACAGAGGUCGUGGUCGCCGGAGCUGGAUUACGAAGAAUCCUGGCAGCGCCGGAAAAGCCUCUCUCGCGAUCGACGCAAUCGCCGCUCUCCGUGUAUUACCGAUGAAGACAUCGACGAGCUCCGUGGAUUCCUCGAUCUCGGACUGGUGUUCGGCGAUGGAUGCCCUAACGGCGGAGAUUGUUCUAAGCGGUUAUCGAAGGCUUUGCCGGCUCUCGAUGAGUAUUUGGCGGUUCGCCGCGCUUUUCGUGGAUCGAUUGCUAGCGGCAGAUCGUCGGAAUCGGAUUCGAUAUCUUCAUCCGAUGGCUCUCCCGCCGAAAGCCCCCUUUCGAUCUUUGCUAUAUCGCCGAGUGAGAGCCAAGAGACACGGCAAGCGGGUAUUAAACGGUGGGCUCGGCUCGUGGCUUUGGCGGCGCGCGACUGCUGCUGAAUUCGAAUAUUCCGACGAAUAUUCCGGCAAAGUAUUUCAUGUUUUUGACUGUUCGUUCUCCUUUAUUUCCUCUUUUUGGCCGUUUCUAUUGAGAAAAUCUCCAAACUUAUUUGAAAACUAUCAAAGUCAUAUCUGUUUUAUUAUCCCCUCUCUCUCUCUCUCUGUAUAUUUAUAUAAAUCUCCUGAGUUGUAACU